GGAUACAAAAGCCCGAAAGUGGUGCAUUUUCUGGAGCCGGCGCAGGAUCCGUCGUUGAUCUUGCUCCAAGUCUAACUUUGCUCUUCCCACCAUGGCGGAAAUCUCGUUCGAAGACUAUCUCGCGCUCCAGGGAAUCGUGUUCGAAUGGGCAGAUAGCUAUGAUAAUAAAGACUGGGAACGGCUCAGAAAAGUCCUCGCCCCAGCAUUGAGAGUCGACUACAGUAUCGUGGGAUACACGCUCUUUGAGAACAUGCCUGCCGAGGAAUUCAUCGGGAUGGUGAGCUCCCUGGAAUUCCUGGGCGAUCCCCUUGUUCGAACGCAACAUCUCAUGGGAGCGGCCAAAUACGAACGCAUCUCCGAUACAGAGAUCGUAGGACAUCACUAGAUCUACGCAGCGCAUCAGCGGUACACUGAUCUUACCUUUGAGACCGUGGAAAACCGGGGCCAUGGCCAUUCAUUCAUCAAGCAUUGGUACAAGAAGGUGGAUGGUUCUUGGAAGCUGGCUGGGCUGUGUCCGAAAGUCUAUUGGAACGAGCAUAGAUUUGACAAGAUUUUCGUGCAACUUCCUGUGAAGAAUUAGCGUCAUGCUGCCUCCGGCUGCUUGUGGUCCGGCGAUAAUGCCCUGAAUGUAGCAUUCCACAUGAAUCUGUCUUACACAGACCGGCCCACGGCUGGACGAGUCUUCAGUAGCAGCAUUUCUGAGAAUAUCAAUAAGCCCCGCAUAUCUGCUGUGGAAUCCAGUAUGCCAGGCACACCGCAAUUGCGGGGAGUCUACCUCUCUGCAUUGGUCUUUCAACCAAGGAUAAUAACGACUGCAACCGAGACAUAUGAGGGCAAGGUGUGGACGUCCGGAACAGUGGGAAAGGGGACAACCGAUGACUCGGAGGUCGAUACCGUUAAACAAG